AUGGACAAACAGAUGGUCUCCACGUUCAUGGAGAUCACGUCCUGCGAGUCACAGGCGCACGCCGUGCAGCACCUCGGCUCGUGCCGCUGGAACCUCGACGAUGCGAUCAAUAUCUACUUCAGCACCGGCGGCCCCUCAGGUGCGCCGGCCCCGAUCUUGCCCGAGGAGGAGGUGUUGAUUGAGGAGAAGGAGGAGGAAAACGACGACCACCACGUUGAAGCGACCGGGUGGGGAGAGGGAGACGCGGAACCCGGCGAGAUUGAGCCGACCGGGUGGGGUGAAGCGGAGCCCGGCUAUGGCGGGCAAGCCGGAGGGGAAAACGUGGACGACGGCCGCAUGGGCGGCAGCAACGAAGACGACAACGAUCAGUGCAGCAAUAUAAGCUACAGUGACAACGAGAUGAGCGACGACGGCUACGGGACCGACAUGGAAGAAGACGACUACUCCUACUACGACGCGUCUCUAGCGGAGGACGGCACAGAGGAGGGCGGGGAGCAGCCGCAGCCGGCGCGGCGGCCGCAACAGAACUCGCUGGCGGAGAUGUACCGGCCCCCGUUCGACCUGAUGUGCGACGGGUCCUUCCACGACGCCAAGGUGCGCGCGGCGAGGGAGGACCAGUUCCUGCUCGUCAACCUCCAGACCCGCAGCGGCGCCGGCGACUUCCAGUCGCAGCUGCACAACCGCGACCUGUGGUCGGACGAGCGGGUCAAGAACGUGGUCAGGGGCGGCUUCGUCUUCUUCCUGGUCCAGAAGAGGAGCAGCUACCUGCACCUGGACGAGUGCGCCAAGGUGGCCUCGUUCUACAAGCUUGAAGACGACCAGCUGCCCGCCGUGCUCGUCCUGGAUCCCAUCACGGGGCAGCUGCUGGACAAGCGGAGCGGCGCCAUGACGCCUGACGAGUUCAUGGAGUACGUCGACGGGUACACGAAAUCCAAACCGAGCACGAUGUCCAUGCCCAAGUUCGUCCAGAGAACCUCCGCCGCGCCUGCGGUUGCGGGCGGCGGGCAGGAACGGCUGGCACCGCCUGCAUCCGCCGCUGCAGCCGUCGAACAAGAGCCGGCAGCGCCAGAGAUCUCUGCACCUGCCGAUGCCAGCUGCAGCGAGCAAGAACCAGCUGUACCUGUGGCCGAGACCGACGCGCCCGCCGCCGCCGCCGACGAGCUCAUGGAAGGCGAGAAGAUGUACAAGGUGAGGAUCAGGUUCCCCGACGGCACCACCGUCGCCAAGGAGUUCGGCUGCAGGCGGAGGGUGGUGUCGCUCUUCGCGUUCUGCAGGUUGGCCGGGCACGGGCACGGCGGAGGGGAGGCGGAGGAACAGCACAAGGCGUUCCGCAUCAUGCGGUUCGCCCGCGGCGGCUUCGAGGCGCUGCAGGGCGGUGGCGGCGCGACGUUUGAAGAUUUGGGGCUGAACAAUGCGGCCGUGUCGGUUGUUUUCGAUGCGUAG